AGAAACAUCCGCCAUGGACCCGUCUUCAGUCAAGAACCAAGUGACAGCAUUUUCCCCUUGAGUUUUGAGGACAACAAGGUGUUCAUCAAUUGUAAAGCAAAGGGAAACCCAGCCCCGUAUUAUAAGUAGGUGUUUGUCCCUUUAACUUUUCAUACCUUUCCUCUUGUCACGAUUUUAACUGAUAAUACUGUUUUAUCCUUUUGGUCUAUAUUGUCUCCAUUUUCUAAACAACUCCAUCAGUUAUGAACAAAUCUGAUAGUGAUGAAUAAUCAUUGUGUUUGUGUGUGUUGCUGUACAGAUGGAAGGUUGAUGGGAGAGAUAUUGACAUGGAUUCGAACUACAACCUGGUUGAAGGAAACCUGUUGAUCAAUAACCCUCAUGCAACACAUCAUGGGGGGGUUUACCAGUGUAUUGCUACCAAUGCCUUUGGAACCAUCGUCAGCAGGGAGGCCAAGGUGCAGUUUGCAUGUGAGUACAUCUAGUCCUCUAUCUAAUACGAACAACAAAAUACUGCCAUUUCAGACAUUUACCUAAACAGUAAAUUUUUUGACCACUUCUCCUUCUUAGACACAUUCUGUUUUUCUUGUGAUGACACAUCGAGUGAAGGCGGGAUUUGCUGCGAUUUGAUGCACAAUUGAGUACAGCAUAAGCGAAUCAUUCAGGUUACGAACACAAAAAGUGUUUUUCCUCUCAUCUGUCUUUUAAUUUGAAAAGAGACGUUAUUGGGGGUAAUUGCCAUGUUGACAUGUACUAAGCCUGCAGCUCCAUUAGUGAUUAGUGUAAGUCUGAAUCUUAGCAUGGUUUUAACACUGGCUUAAUGCUACACCCUGAGAAUCACAUCGUCUGGAGCAUUUCAACAACAGAAGGCUACUUUUCUCUUCCUCUCACUCAAAUGCACUGAGAAAUUCACUCCCUCUAUAGCUUGUGAAAAGAUAAACAUGAUUUUAGACUAAAGUUAUCCUAUGAAUCCAUCAACAUGUUCACAUCUCUAGAGAUAAUACUAAGACUAUCCCAGUUAUAAAGGUCCACCGAAAUUAUCUUCCUUGCUGAUUGCUUGUUUAUCGUUGGACAAUCUUUAAUUGGGAGACCUGUUUGGGUGUUCAUAUGUCAGUUGAACAUUUAGUUAUGUUGUUUCACUUUACAACGCAGGUUUACUGCCAGUCUCAGCUAAUUAACCAAUCUAACCCAUUACAUUAGGGAAAUUAUAACCAAUCUCAGGUGGUAGGGGGUUGUUAUAUUCAUGCAGGUAGGGGGUUCAUACUUGAUCUUUUCAUUUAAAUGGUGAUAAGCCUUCGGAUGAGAUGAGUUAUGACUUUAUUAUUCUUGAUAUUUGCCUGUCCCCUCUUGGGAUUUGGAUGAUAUUUUCAAAGGUUUGUGGUCCCUAGUGCUGUUUGUUUUUCCUUAUAAGGCAGUAGCAUUUAAUGAAAAGUGAAAGUGAUCUGUAAAUCCAGUUUAGAGGAAGGUAUUUACGUCUCUCCCUAUUCACACGUCACUGUUGGUAUCAGCAGGGAACUAAAGUGGAUGAGGUAUAAGCAAUGUGCAUAGAGAGGAAAAUGGUCUUCAAAAUGAAAAUGCCCUCUCAAGAAUCUCACUGCGCUGUAGAGGCUGUUUGCUAUAGAAAUCUGAAAGUAAUCAAAGCCCCUUUUAUCUUUGCCUCCUCACAGAUCUCCAGAACUUCAGCAGAAAGCCCAGGAACACAGUGUCAGUGAGAGAAGGCCAGGCUGUGGUGCUACUGUGUGGCCCUCCACCCCAUAAUGGAGGUACUAUAAUGCUUUGUAUCCUCAAAGCUCACAGAUUACUUGCUGCUUCACUCUCAGUCACGCCCUGCACAUCUUAUUGUUCUUCACUGUCAUACUCACUGUCUUUCCCCAACACUGCUAUACAUUUCUGUUCUCAUGCCUACUAUUUCUUCUCACUACUCUUUCUUUCUUUUUCUUUCUUUCACCUUUAUUUAACCAGGUAAGCCAGUUGAGAACAAGUUCUCAUUUACAACUGCGACCUGGCCAAGAUAAAGCAAAGCAGUGCGAUAAAAACAACAACACAGAGUUACAUAUGGGGUAAAAAAACAUAAAGUCAAAAAAAUACAACAGAAAAUAUAUAUACAGUGUGUGCAAAUGUAGCAAGUUAUGGAGGUAAGGCAAUAAAUAGGCUAUAGUCUAUUUUAAAUCUUUCAGUCUUUUCAUAUCCUGUUUCCUCUCCUGUGGGACUGGCUUUUAUGAUCAUUCCUACUGGACUGUAGCAGCACCACUCCUCUAGGUGAACGCUCCCCAAACUCAGCCCUUCACAUCCAUAGUUCAUACCCUCACACUUCAUGGCCUCAAGCUCACUUUUUCCCCCAUGUGAGCCGCGACCAUGCUGUCAUCUGUAAAGCCUCCGGUGCUCCACUUCCUAGCGUCAGGUUUUUUCAGUGUAGCCUGGGUAUCUGUGGGUAGUAAAGGCUCCUGGUGGCUGGUGUGUCGCGGGGGGAAGGUUUAUCCCGUGGCACAGCUGUGAGUGUGUGUGCUGCUGAUUAGCAGACCCUCAAAGUGCCCGCAAUCCCACAGCCAUUCCGCGCCACCAGCACACUUUCACGCCAGUGCACCAGCAUUUCACAACUCUGUUUCUAACUGAAUCAAUUUCCAGAAGGGAUUUGAACUGCACCGUUUGCAAUUUGCCCUCCUUUUCCCAAAAUGCCUUCAUCUCUUUAUUUGACAUUUUCAAGCCAGAUAGACCAUUGUCACACAUUUUAUGGGAUUUUGUUACACGAUGCUGCUGUCUCCAGGUGGAUUUGAGAGGAAGUCCUGUGUGGCUCAGUUGGUAGAGCAUGGUGCUUUCAACGCCAGGAUUGUGUGUUAGAUUCCCACGGGGGGCCAGUAUGAAAAUGUAUGCACUCCCUGCUGUAAGUUGCUCUCGAUAAGAGUGUUUGCUAAAUGAAUCAAAUGUCAACUCUUAAAUUGGAAAACAAUGUUGUGGAUUUUAGAUCCAAGCAAACAUGUUUUUUAGUUUUCUGCCAUAAGUUGCAGUAAUGUCAAACCAAUUGAAUGCAAGUUAAUGCUUGUACAGAAAUACAUUUACCUAUAUAAAUAGAAAAAAUUAAUGUUAUUUGAAGCAACUUUGAGCAAUCAGUGUUAGGUGGGCUAAAUCGGUCUGUGUUCAGUGUGAUGUGGUCUAUAAUGGUCUGUGUUAAAUUCUGUCUGAGGGCAUAAGAUUAUGUGCCUGCGAGUCCUCUGUUGUUGUGAGACCACAAUCCGUAAGCAGAACCACUCGGUCUAAUCAUGAAAGGUCUGUCAUUCUGCCCUGACUUUCACUAUGAUGAUUUUUUAUUCACUGUUUCCCAGAAGGAAGCAAUGGGAUGUUUUACUGUCAAGUCAAAAGACUGACUGCAGGAUGUAAUGUGUUUCUGAUCACAGAGGGGCUCUAAUACCCUAGCCCAUCCUACCCUCCCUGUCCCUCACACCUCUAAUAAGAAGCUCUUAAUUUCACAUACAUUUCUUCAGAUCCCGCUGCUCCAUGCCCCAUUCUCUCUCUCUCUCUCUCUCUCUCUCUCUCUCUCUCUCUCUCUCUCUCUCUCUCUCUCUCUCUCUCUCUCUCUCUCUCUCUCUCUCUCUCUCUCUCUCUCUCUCUCUCUCUCUCUCUCUCUCUCUCUCUCUCUCUCUCUCUCCCUCUCAUUAAUAUUAAAGGGAAGCUGAGUCUAAAGGCUUUCAGGACAAAAAGGACCCAGCCUAGAUUACGAUAAUGUUUUGUCUGUGUGAUCUGCACAAGCCUGUGGCACUGACCCUUAAUACUGACACUUAAUAUGUGCGGGAGGAGGAUCUAGCUUGGCUAACUGAAAAUGUAAUUCAAUAGCGUAUCCAAAUCUCUGCUUACUCUCUGGGAUGCCUAGAGAUGUGAAAAGGGCAAGGUUCAGCCAUGUUAAGCAUAACAAUUUGAAUGAUGCAUUAUUGAAUUAGUAACUGUUUGCACAUAUCUGGCACGGGAAAUGGCAAAGUCACCUCACACUGUCUAAGUGCAAUGUUUCAUUGAUAUUAUAAGUAGAAAACUGGACUCAGCUACUUUAUGUCUCCACCUUUUUUAUAGCUACAGUACAGGUACAAGAAUCUAACCUGAUCUCUUGUCUAUUCUUAGUUUCACCACACUGGCAGAUUUUGGAAUGUCAUUGGAACAUGUAUCUCUUCCUUUGUCAAUACCCACGAUCCUCUGCGGUUGCUGUCUGUGCUCUUCCUCUGCAGAGAUCAAAUACUCAUGGGUUUUCAAUGGACGCCCAAGUUUCCUGCUGCAGGAUACCCGUCGCUUCGUCUCCCAGAGGACAGGCAACCUGUACAUCGCCAAAGUGGAGGCCUCCGAUGUGGGGAAUUACACGUGUGUGGUGAGGAACAUGAUGACCAACGCCACCGUGUACAGCUCGCCCACCCCUGUGGAGCUGCGCAGGGACGGUAAGCAUGCUCCACUGGCUCCUGCUUAUCCUGCACGCUGAACCUGCCUGUGCCGUUGAAGGGGAGUGAAAGCUAAGGAGAUAAAAUCAGCCAUCUGUUUGUUUUUCUGCUGCUUAGGAGCGGGGUUGUGCAGUAUUCACACUCUACAGAGCUGUGGGUCUGAAAAGCCCUCUCUCUCUGCAUGAAAAGACACAUUUAAACAUUUACAUAUCCAGAAAUGCAGAGUGCACAGACACACAUACAUGCAGGCACACAUGCGCAUGCACACAAACAUACUUCUGCACAGGGAGAUUCACCUCACCUCAACCCCAUUACUGCUGAUUAUACAGUGUGUGCCACUUAAGAUUUGAGCUGGAGCAGAGCUGUUAUCCAAAGUCAUACAACCCCUGAACAAAGUAUUGCUUUAAAGCAUAUCAACAUGCAGGCUUGCCCUCUACCAUCCUGUCCUGUGCCACAGUUCUUGCAUUUAAUUAGAAUUAUAAAACACAACGUUCACUUUGUGUUUGAAUGAAUGUGAUUUUCUUUCACCUCACACAGCUGUAAUGGCAGAGUAUGAGCCAAAGAUCGAAGUUCAGUUCCCAGAAAGUCUUCAUGUCGCCAAAGGAUCAUCAGUGAAACUGGAAUGCUUCGCCUUAGGAAAGUAGGUCUCAACUGGGAUCAUUAUCAAGAACACUGUAGAAGCAUCACAUAGUCUGCAUAUGGAAUUUAAUAUUCUGAGAAUGUACUGUAUUAGUCAUGGCCAGACAUCUCCCAUGGCACACACCACUGUUAGAUACAGUUGUUAGUGAAAGUAUACACACCCCUUGCACAGUCUUCACAUUUUGCUGCCUUAAAAUUACAUCUAAAAAGGAUGUUUUUGUGGUCCUCUGUAGCUCAAUGUGGUCCUCUGUAGCUCAAUUGGUAGAGCAUGGCGCUUGUAACGACCAGGAUAGUGGGUUCGAUCCCCGGGACCACCCAUACGUAAAAAUGGAUGCACACAUGACUGUAAGUCGCUUUGGAUAAAAGUGUCUGCUAAAUGGCAUAUUAUUAUUACAAAUUGAUUGUUUUUCCAAUUGAUCUACACAACCUACUCCACAUAUUCAAAGUGAAAGAAAAAUUAUAGAAAUAUUUAGAAAUUACUAAGAAAUACAAAAUGAGGAUGUCUUGAUUGCGCAUGUCUUCACACCCCAGAGUUAAUACUCGGUGGAAACACCUUUGGCAGCCAUUACAUCUGUGAAUCAUUCUGAAUAAGACUACCAACCUUGCACAACUAAUCCAUUGUUUUUGUCAAAAUUGCUCAAGCUCAGAAAAUUGGGUUGGAUCAUUGAUGGACAGCAAUAUUUAAACCUUGUCUGUGAUUUCUUAAGCAGAUUUAAGUCAGGACAGAGACUGGACCAUUCAGGAACACUCAACACCUCUUGGAAAGUCAUUGUGGUGUGUCUUUGGCAGUACAAUUUAUGUAAUUGUCCCAUAGAAAAAUACAACUUUAUCCCAAGGUUAGGUUUUCAGAAGACUGUGGCAGGUUUUCUCUAACUUUUUACCUGGGCUUUGCUCCUUUCAUAUUUAUUUUGAUCCUAACAAACUCCCCAGUCCCUGCCGGUGACAAGCAGCAUCAUGUUAUGGGUAUGAUUGUUAUCGGCAGGGACUGGGGAGUUUGUCAGGAUCAAAAGAAAUACGAAAGGAGCAAAGCCCAGGUAAAAAGUUAAAGGAAAACCCGACUCAGUCUACUGAAAACCUAACCCUGGGAUAGGGUUGUAUUUUUCAUUGAGACAAUUGUUAUUGUCAAAGACACACCAGAAUGGCUAUUCAAGAGCUGUUGAGUGUUUCUGAGUGGUCUAGUUAAAUCUGCUUGAAAAUUAGAGACACAAUUUGAAUAUUGCUGUCUAUCAAUUAUUCCCAACCAAAUUUACUGAACUAAAGCAAUUCUUACAAAAACAAUUGGUAGAAUAUAAUUUAAAAUGAUUCACAGUUGUAAUGGCUGCCAAAGGUGCCUCCACCAAGUAUUAACUCUGGGGUGCGAAAACAUCAAGACAUUUUCAUUUUAUUUUUUUUAUUAUUUGGAAAAUGUUCUAUAACUUUCUUUCACUUUGAAAAUGUGGAGUAGGUUGUAUAGAUCUGUAGGGAAAAAAAUCUAAUGUAAUCCCUUUUUAGAUUUGAUUGUAUAGCAGCAAAAUGUGAAGACUGUGCAAGGGGUGUGUAGACUUUCUCUAGGCACUGUAUCUAUGUCUGGCAGCUAAUGUCUUAAUACUAAGUGUCAGUAUCAAGCAUGUGGCUGUGGUGACCUUUACUACCUGACCUCUCCAGCCCAGUGCCUGCCAUCACAUGGAGGAGAACAGAUGGGAAUCCCCUCCCUGGCAAGAUCAAAAUCAACCAUUCCAACGGGGUCCUAGAAAUACCAUAUUUCAGACCGGAGGAUGCUGGUGCAUAUGAGUGUGUUGCAGAGAACUCCAGAGGAAAGAACGUCGCCAAAGGGCAACUCAUAUUCCAGAGUAUGAUCGCUCACAAUGUAUAUAAAUUAACAGUUGUAUGUUGCUUUUGUGAUAUGUGAUAAAGAAUUGAACUGUACAGAAGGUCAUGAACAGUCAAAAUCAUGUUUUUCAUGAAAUUUGAUGAUAUUUGGAUGAAACCAGAUCAAAGUAUGAUGGCAAAAGUAUGGAAAAUGACUGUUGCUUCUACAUUGAUCAAGUUUGAUCAUAAAGUCACUGGUCCCCACCCCCCUGUCAAACACUUGGAUUCAGGAGGCGGGAUUAUUAAAGGGAUAUGGUGACAUUACCUUAACCCUCUCAUUUUAAUACACCAAUGGUAAGAUGAUGUUCUCUUACCUAAUUUAAAUAAGUACCGCCUUGUAAACAACAUCGGAGAAGGCAUGUUUGCAGAGGGGCAUGGUUAUAUAUAGCUAGAUAGCUACUCUACUGGUGCCAAAAUUUGACUGUAGGGUGUCAGCAAAUCUAAUUAAAAGUUUACCCUAUUCAUCUAUGGCAAAGAUACCUAUAUGUUUCCCCUUUAACCUGUGUCUGGUGUUAGCUACAGUUGAAGUCGGAAGUUUACAUACACUUAGGUUGGAGUCAUUAAAACUUGUUUUUCAACCACUCCACAAAUUUCUUGUUAACAAACUAUAGAUCUUGCAAGUCGGUUAGGACAUCUACUUUGUGCUUGACACAAGUAAUUUUUCCAACAAUUGUUUACAGACAGAUUAUUUCACAUUAUCACUGUAUCACAAUUACAGUGGGUCAGAAGUUUACAUACACUAAGUUGACUGUGCCUUUAAACAGCUUGGAAAAUUCCAGAAAAUUAUGUCAUGGCCUUAGAAGCUUCUGAUAGGCUAAUUGACAUCAUUUGAGUCAAUUGGAGGUGUACCUGUGGAUGUAUUUCAAGGCCUACCUUCAAACUCAGUGCCUCUUUGCUUGACAUCAUGGGAAAAUCAAAAGGAAUCACCCAAGACCUCAGAACAUUUUUUUGUAGACCUCCACAAGUCUGGUUCAUCCUUGGGAGCAAUUUCCAAACGCCUGAAGGUACCACGUUCAUCUGUACAAACAAUAGUACACAAGUAUAAACACCAUGGGACCACGCAGCUGUCAUACCGCUCAGGAAGGAGACGCGUUCUGUCUCCUAGAGAUGAAUGUACUUUGGUGCGAAAAGUGCAAAUCAAUCCCAGAACAACAGCAAAGGACCUUGUGAAGAUGCUGGAAGAAACAGGUACAAAGUAUCUAUAUCCACAGUAAAACGAGUCCUAUAUCGACAUAACCUGAAAGGCCGCUCAGCAAGGAAGAAGCAACUGCUCCAAAACCGCCAUAAAAAAGCCAGACUACGGUUUGCAACUGCACAUGGGGACAAAGAUCGUACUUUUUGUAGAAAUGUCCUCUGGUCUACAUGGCUGCUCCCGAGUGGCGCAGUGGUCUAGAGAUCCUGGUUCGAAUCCAGGCUCUGUCGUAGCCGGCCGCGACCGGGAGACCCAUGGGGCGGCACACAAUUGACCCAGGGUAGGGGUGGGAAUGGCCGGCAGGGAUGUAGUUCAGUUGGUAGAGCAUGGCGUUUGCAACUCCAGGGAUGUGGGUUCGUUUCCCACGGGGGGGCAGUAUGAAAAAAAAAAAAAUGUAUGCACUCACUAACUGUAAGUCGCUCUGGAUAAGAGCGUCUGCUAAAUGACUAAAAUGUAAAUGGUCUGAUGAAACAAAAAUAGAACUGUUUGGCCAUAAUGACCAUCGUUAUGUUUGGAGGAAAAACGGGGAUGCUUGCAAGCCGAAGAACACCAUCCCAACCGUGAAGCACGGGGGUGGCAGCAUCAUGCUGUGGGGGUGCUUUGCUGCAGGAGGGACUGAUGCACUUCACAAAAUAGAUGACAUCAUGAGGAAGGAAAAUGAUAUUGAAGCAACAUCUCAAGACAACAGUCAGGAAGUUAAAGCUUGGUCGCAAAUAGGUCUUCGAAAUGGACAAUGACCCCAAGCAUACUUCCAAAGUUGUGGCAAAAUGGCUUAAGGACAACAAAGUCAAGGUAUUGGAGUGGCCAUCACAAAGCCCUGACCUAAAUCCUAUAGAACAUUUGUGGGCAGAACUGAAAAAGCGUGUGCGAGCAAGGAGGCCUACAAACCUGACUCAGUUACACCUGCUCUGUCAGGAGGAAUGGGCCAAAAUUCACCCAACUUAUUGUGGGAAGCUUGUGAAGGCUACCCGAAACGUUAGAACCAAGUUAAACUAUUUAAAGGCAAUGCUACCAAAUACUAAUUGAGUGUAUGUAAACUUCUGACCCACUGGGAAUGUGAUGAAAGAAAUAAAAGCUGAAAUAAAUAAUUCUCUCUACUAUUAUUCUGACAUUUCACAUUCUUGAAAUAAAGUGGUGAUCCUAAAUGACCUAAGACAGGGAAUUUUUACUAGGAUUACAGUGAGGGAAAAAAGUAUUUGAUCCUCUGCUGAUUUUGUACGUUUGCCCACUGACAAAGAAAUGAUCAGUCUAUAAUUUUAAUGGUAGGUUUAUUUGAACAGUGAGAGACAGAAUAACAACAAAAAAAUCCAGAAAAACACAUGUCAAAAAUGUUAUAAAUUGAUUUGCAUUUUAAUGAGGGAAAUAAGUAUUUUACGCCCUCUCAAUCAGAAAGAUGUCUGGCUCCCAGGUGUCUUUUAUACAGGUAACGAGCUGGGAUUAGGAGCACACUCUUAAGGGAGUGCUCCUAAUCUCAGUUUGUUACCUGUAUAAAAGACACCUGUCCACAGAAGCAAUCAAUCAAUCAGAUUCCAAACUCUCCACCAUGGUCAAGACCAAAGAGCUCUCCAAGGAUGUCAUGGACAAGAUUGUAGACCUACACAAGGCUGGAAUGGGCUACAAGACCAUCGGCAAGCAGCUUGGUGAGAAGGUGACAACAAUUGGUGCGAUUAUUCGCAAAUGGAAGAAACACAAAAUAACUGUCAAUCUCCCUCGGCCUGGGGCUCCAUGCAAGAUCUCACCUCGUGGAGUUGCAAUGAUCAUGAGAACGGUGAGGAAUCAUCCCAGAACUACACGGGAGGAUCUUGUCAAUGAUCUCAAGGCAGCUGGGACCAUAGUCACCAAGAAAACAAUUGGUAACACACUACGCCGUGAAGGACUGAAAUCCUGCAGCGCCCGCAAGGUCCCCCUGCUCAAGAAAGCACAUAUACAGGCCCGUCUGAAGUUUGCCAAUGAACAUCUGAAUGAUUCAGAGGAGAACUGGGUGAAAGUGUUGUGGUCAGAUGAGACCAAAAUUGAGCUCUUUGGCAUCAACUCAACUCGCCGUGUUUGGAGGAGGAGGAAUGCUGCCUAUGACCCCAAGAACACCAUCCCCACCGUCAAACAUGGAGGUGGAAACAUUAUGCUAAGGGGGUGUUUUUCUGCUAAGGGGACAGGACAACUUCACCGCAUCAAAGGGACGAUGGACGGGGCCAUGUACCGUCAAAUCUUGGGUGAGAACCUCCUUCCCUCAGCUAGGACAUUGAAAAUGUGUCGCGGAUGGGUAAUCCAGCAUGACAAUGACCCAAAACACACGGCCAAGGCAACAAACGAGUGGCUCAAGAAGAAGCACAUUAAGGUCCUGGAGUGGCCUAGCCAGUCUCCAGACCUUAAUCCCAUAGAAAAUCUGUGGAGGGAGCUGAAGGUUCGAGUUGCCAAACGUCAGCCUCGAAACCUUAAUGACUUGGAGAAGAUCUGCAAAGAGGAGUGGGACAAAAUCCCUCCUGAGAUGUGUGCAAACCUGGUGGCCAACUACAAGAAACGUCUGACCUCUGUGAUUGCCAAUAAGGGUUUUGCCACCAAGUACUAAGUCAUGUUUUGCAGAGGGGUCAAAUAAUUAUUUCCCUCAUUAAAAUGCAAAUCAAUUUAUAACAUUUUUGACAUGCGUUUUUCUGGAUUUAUUUGUUGUUCAAAUAAAUCUACCAUUAAAAUUAUAGACUGAUCAUGUCUUUGUCAGUGGGCAAACGUACAAAAUCAGCAGGGGAUUAAAUACUUUUUUCCCCUCACUGUAAAUGUCAGGAAUUGUGAAAAAAACUGAGUUUAAAUGUAUUUGGCUAAGGUGUAUGUAAACUUCUGACUUCAACUGUAGUUACUGGCUAGCUACGUCUUCAGCUAGCAUGAAACAAAAGUGUGGGGAAUGGUAGUUCAAAACUCGGACGCAGUUUUCAAGUUAACACAUCCGUCAGUGCUGCCGUAAACCGCAUCACAAGAGACAAAAGGGGGGUGUAUAAAACAUUUUUGACAUCAUUGAUCAAAUCAAAUCAAAUUCUAUUGGCCACAUGCGCGGAUUACAGUGGGGGGGCAGUGCAAAUAGUCUGGGUAGCCAUGAUUAGCUGUUCAGGAGUCUUACGGCUUGGGGGUAGAAGCUGUUGAGAAGUCUUCUGGACCUAGACUUUGCACUCCGGUACCGCUUGCCGUGCGGUAGCAGAGAGAACAGUCUAUGACUAGGGUGGCUGGAGUCUUUGACAAUUUUGAGGGCCUUCCUCUGACACCGCCUGGUAUAGAGGUCCUGGAUGGCAGGACGCUUGGUCCCAGUGAUGUACUGGGCCGUACGCACUACCCUCUGUAGUGCCUUGCAGUCGAAGGCCAAGCAGUUGCCAUACCAGGCGGUGAUGCAACCAGUCAGGAUGCUCUCGAUGGUGCAGCUGUAUAAUUUUUUGAGGAUCUGAGGACCCAUGCCGAAUCUUUUCAGUCUCCUGAGGGGGAAUAGGCUUUGUCGUGCCCUCUUCACGACUGUCUUGGUGUGUUUGGACCAUGAUAGUUCGUUGGUGAUGUGGACACCAAGGAACUUGAAGCUCUCAACCUGUUCCACUACAGCCCCGUCGAUGAGAAUGGGGGCGUGCUCAGUCCUCUUUUUUUUCCUGUAGUCCACAAUCAUCUCCUUUGUCUUGGUCACGUUGAGGGAGAGGUUGUUAUCCUGGCACCACAUGGCCAGGUCUCUGACCUCCUCCCUAUAGGCUGUCUCAUUGUUGUCGGUGAUCAGGCCUACCACUGUUGUGUCGUCGGCAAACUUAAUGAUGGUGUUGGAGUCGUGCCUGGCCAUGCAGUCAUGGGUGAACAGGGAGUACAGGAGGGGACUGAGCACGCACCCCUGAGGGGCCCCCGUGUUGAGGAUCAGUGUGGCAGAUGUGUUGUUACCUACCCUUACCACCUGGGGGCGGCCCGUCAGGAAGUCCAGGAUCCAGUUGCAGAGGGAGGUGUUUAGUCCCAGGAUACUUAGCUUAGUGAUGAGCUUUGAGGGCACUAUGGUGUUGAAUGCUGAGCUGUAGUCAAUGAAUAGCAUUCUCACGUAGGUGUUCCUCUUGUCCAGGUGGGAAAGGGCAGUGUGGAGUGCAAUAGAGAUUGCAUCAUCUGUGGAUCUGUUGGGGUGGUAUGCAAAUUGGAGUGGGUCUAGGGUUUAUGGGAUAAUGGUGUUGAUGUGAGCCAUAACCAGCCUUUCAAAGCACUUCAUGGCUACAGACGUCAGUGCUACGGGUCGGUAGUCAUUUAGGCAGGUUAUCUUAGUGUCCUUGGGUACGGGGACUAUGGUGGUCUGCUUGAAACAUGUUGGUAUUACAGACUCAGUCAGGGACAUGUUGAAAAUGUCAGUGAAGACACUUGCCAGUUGGUCAGCACAUGCUCGGAGUACACGUCCUGGUAAUCCGUCUGGCCCUGCGGCCUUGUGAAUGUUGAUGCAAUUUCAAUGUUGUUUGAGUUGCUUUGUGUAUCACCAAAUUAGCUUGAGAUGAUUUUACUGCAACACUGCUCACUGCAUCCAAGUUGCUUGACAUAGGCAUUUCAAAGAGCUGUCAUUCAAGGAGAGCUCAUGAAUAUAAGCUCCAUGCUCACUCAGCCUGUCUUUUCAAACUUCCUGGUUUCUAGCCAUGAGAGAGAAAAAAUUAAUCUCAAAUAUUGAGCAUUUCUAUCCAAAACAAAUAUUAUGGGUGAUAUUUUAGUCACUCAAAAGGCUAUUUUACAUGGGACUCAGAAUGACUGUUCGGGACCUUUAACUUUAUUUCCCAUCCUUGUAGCUGCUUCUUAAUAUAAUAAUGAAUCAAUUAAAACCAAUAAGUUGUUUUCAACUUUAAAUUCUUAAAAUGAAAUAUAACUAAUAAUAACUAACACAUUGUUUGAAUGCUAAUGGUUUUAUCUGUCCUUUGUCAAUGUUUAGUUAAGCAUGUCUAAUUUAUAUAUCUGGUCCAUAAAGUAUGGAUAAAUUAUGGUCAUAAGUCAGGCCUGGAAAACCUUUUGCUCACUCUAUGAAAGGGCAUUAUAAAGACAGGAUAAUCUGGAAUUAAUGUGUACCAAUUAACCUUUAUGUUUAGUCAUUCUGAAGUGGCUAAGUCGUUGUCUUGCCAACUUGAACACUGCCACAACCCAGUUGGUCCUUAGAGAGAAAUACAAAUUGCAUCCCAAGCUUAGGGCAGCUUUCCGCUCUACCAUACAGCUAUUCUUUGUGCCAUUCAUUUUGGGAUGAUUUAGGCCAAUAAAGACCAGUUUUGCAUUAGAACUGUCAAUAUAGAUACUGUCAUUUGGAAACUAAAUUGUGUUCUUUAUUCUCCAGAUGUUGAACAUCUGCACUGGGUCCAGACGUUAAAAGAUGCUCAUAUGGCUAUCGAGGCUAAUCUCCAGUGGGAGUGUAGGGCGAGCGGUAAGCCUAAACCUGUGUACAGAUGGCUGAGGAAUGGGGAGCCCCUGGUGUUGGAGGUGAGAAUGACUACAGAAUUUGAAUGUGUCAUUGUGCAAUCCCAUUAAGAACUAUUCUACCCAUCUUAAGAUCCCUUUACAUCUCAGAUCAAAGACAUGAGAUCAAACAUUAAGCCGAUUUUUAUUUCAAAUGUCUACCCAUCACAAAGUUUGCUGCAAAGGUCACACACAAUCAUCAGAGAUAUUACAGGGCAUAAAAGGCUGAUUGACAAUUGUUCUGCUAAAUCUACAUGACCAAAAUAUCAAAAUUCUAGACAGUUAGUGUGAACAUUUGUAUUGUUUAUAUCCUGAUCUUCCUAGGUUAUACAUUUAUGAAAGUAUCCAUUUACACUGAAUAUACCAAAGAUGCUGGCCCAUGUUAACUCCAAUGCAUCCCACAGUUGUGUCAAGUUGGUGGACCAUUCUUGAUACACACAGGAAACUGUUGAGCGUGAAAAACCCAGCAGCGUUGUAGUUCUUGACACAAAACGGUGCGCCUGGCACCUACUACCAUACCCCGUUCAAAGUCACUUAAAUAUUUUGUCUUGCCCAUUCACCCUCUGAAUGGCACACACACACAAUCCAUGUCUCAAUUUUCUCAAUUGCUUAAAAAUCCUUCUUUAACCAGUCUCCUCCCUUUCAUCUACACUGAUUGAAGUGGAUUUAACAAGUGACAUCAAUAAAGGAUCAUAGCGUUCACCUGGAUUCACCUGGUCAUUCUAUCUUAAUGUUUUGUAUACUCAGUGUAUAUUUAAGCAAUAAGGCCGAAGGAGGUGUGGUACAGUGAGGAAAAUAAAUAUUUGAUCCCCUGCUGAUUUUGUAUGUUUGCCCACUGACAAAGACAGUGAGAGACAGAAUAACAACAAAAAAAUCCAGAAAAACGCAUGUAAAAAAUGUUAUAAAUUGAUUUGCAUUUUAAUGAGGGAAAUAAGUAUUUGACCCCUCUGCAAAACAUGACUUAGUACUUGGUGGCAAAACCCUUGUUGGCAAUCACAGAGGUCAGACGUUUCUUGUAGUUGGGCACCAGGUAUGCACACAUCUCAGGAGGGAUUUUGUCCCACUCCUCUUUGCAGAUAUUCUCCAAGUCAUUAAGGUUUCGAGGCUGACGUUUGGCAACUCGAACCUUCAGCUCCCUCCACAGAUUUUCUAUGGGAUUAAGGUCUGGAGACUGGCUAGGCCACUCCAGGACCUUAAUGUGCUUCUUCUUGAGCCACUCCUUUGUUGCCUUGGCCGUGUGUUUUGGGUCAUUGUCAUGCUGCAAUACCCAUCCACGACCCAUUUUCAAUGCCCUGGCUGAGGGAAGCAGGUUCUCACCCAAGAUUUGACGGUACAUGGCCCCGUUCAUCGUCCCUUUGAUGCGGUGAAGUUGUCCUGUCCCCUUAGCAGAAAAAUACCCCCAAAGCAUAAUGUUUCCACCUCCAUGUUUGACGGUGGGGAUGGUGUUCUUGGGGUCAUAGGCAGCAUUCUUCCUCCUCCAAACACAGCGAGUUGAGUUGAUGCCAAAGAGCUCGAUUUUGGUCUCAUCUGACCACAACACUUUCACCCAGUUCUCCUCUGAAUCAUUCAGAUGUUCAUUGGCAAACUUCAGACGGGCCUGUAUAUGUGCUUUCUUGAGCAGGGGGACCUUGCGGGCGCUGCAGGAUUUCAGUCCUUCACGGCGUAGUGUGUUACCAAUUGUUUUCUUGGUGACUAUGGUCCCAGCUGCCUUGAGAUCAUUGACAAGAUCCUCCCGUGUAGUUCUGGGCUGAUUCCUCACCGUUCUCAUGAUCAUUGCAACUCCACGAGGUGAGAUCUUGCAUGGAGCCCCAGGCCGAGGGAGAUUGACAGUUAUUUUGUGUUUCUUCCAUUUGCGAAUAAUCGCACCAAUUGUUGUCACCUUCUCACCAAGCUGCUUGGCGAUGGUCUUGUAGCCCAUUCCAGCCUUGUGUAGGUCUACAAUCUUGUCCCUGACAUCCUUGAAGAGCUCUUUGGUCUUGGCCAUGGUGGAGAGUUUGGAAUCUGAUUGAUUGAUUGCUUCUGUGGACAGGUGUCUUUUAUACAGGUAACAAACUGAGAUUAUGAGCACUCCCUUUAAGAGUGUGCUCCUAAUCUCAGCUCGUUACCUAUAUAAAAGACACCUGGGAGCCAGAAAUCUUUCUGAUUGAGAGGGGGUCAAAUACUUAUUUCCCUCAUUAAAAUGUAUAACAUUUUUGACAUGCGUUUUUCUGGAUUUGUUUGUUGUUAUUCUGUCUCUCACUGUUCAAAUAAACCUACCAUUAAAAUUAUAGACUGAUCAUUUCUUUGUCAGUGGGCAAACGUACAAAAUCAGCAGGGGAUCAAAUACUUUUUUUCCCUCACUGUAUAUGGCCAAUAUACCACGGCUAAGGGCUGUUCUUAUGAACGACGUAACGCGGAGUGCUAGGACACAGCCCUUAGCCGUGGUAUAUUGGCCAUAUAUCACAAACCCCUGAGGUGCCUUAUUGCUAUUAUACACUAGUUACCGACGUAAUUAGAGCAGUACAAAUCAAAGUUUUGUUAUACCUGUGGUAUACGGUCUGAUAUACCACGGCUGUCAGCCAAUCAGCAUUCAGGGCUUGAACCUGCCAGUUUAUAAUUUGAGUUUUAUCACACAUCACAUACUGAGAUGUGUUAUUGAGGGUAUAUCUCUCUUGUUACCAGGAUAGGAUACUUGUAGAAGGUGGACGAUUGGCCGUAUCCAGGAUCAACCUGUUGGACUCAGGGAUGUACCAGUGCCUGGCAGAGAACGAACAUGGAGCCAUCUAUGCCAGCGCUGAACUCAAGGUUGUAGGUAAAUAUGUCGGGGGACUCUAGUCUGAAGUGUUUGUUUUGUCUUGUUUAGAAAGCUGAAGCCAGAGACACAGCGAGGUCAAGACAUCUGUGUACUAACACUGUCAGUAGAAAGAACCAACUCCAAAAGACAAUUAACAUCAGCUGAGCCAUGGUUUUUAGCCACAUUUACAUAAUUACUUGAUAAAGAAAGCCAGCCAGUGGUUUUUUAUUAAAUUACAUUUUUAUAAUUGAAUAUGAUGCGUUUGACAGAGUUUGGCUGAUGCAUACAUGCAGUAGCUAACUGCUGUGCCACUGCCUCGUCAAAGAGAACAGAAUGGUUUCAACAGGGUUUGUUCUGUUCCACAUGCAGCCUCUGCACCCGACUUCUCCAAGAGUCUUGUGAAGAAGUCCAUGCUGAUCCAGAGAGGGGGGGAGGUGAUAAUGGAGUGCCGUCCCCAUGCGUCCCCUAGGGCCUCUAUCUCCUGGCGGAGAGGGGGAGAGUUUCUGAAGGACAGCAAGAGGUACAGUCGCAGUCGCAAUAGGGUCAUUCCACUAAAUAAGUGCCUUUUUAUAUUUUAAGUAGAUAUUGUGCACCAAUAUUGCAUUUUAAAGCCUGUUAUGUUAAAUGAAUCAAUUAAAUACAGACAACAGGGAAAAUUGAAUAAAUCCAAAUGUUAAUAUGAAUUAAGGCUUGCUGAAGCUCCGUCAAGUUAUUUUGUUGCUUUGACAAAGCAUUUUAAGGUCAACCCUGUUACGUGAACUGAACUCUCGUUUUAAUGUUUAAACUAUUCCUUUUUUGAUUUUGAUUUUUUUGUUUAAGAAACAUUGAACAUCUAAUAGUCAAAUCAUAGAGUAAAAGCAGGUGAGCUGGUUCUACAAUUUUUUGCAAUUAUCUGGUGUUUUGCGGUGGAAAACUGAGCGUGUCGAGCAUAACACAACAUCAACCCUGUUACCCAUAGAUAGACAGCUAGAAAUGUUUUAACAAUUGUAUUUUUUUGUGAAGCUUGCAUUCAAUUGCCUCUCGCUGUUGUAGUCCCCUGUAGCUCAGUUAGUAGAGCAUGGCGCUUGCAACACCAGGGUUGUGGGUUCAUUUCCCAUGGGAGGCCAGUAUGAAAAAUGUAUGCACUCACUAACUGUAAGUUGCUCUGGAUAAGAGCGUCUGCUAAAAUGACAACAAAAAAAAAGCUUCCAUUCCCCCUGUCACAGGGGGAUUUAUGGCUGACUUAGGAAGAAAUUGUCAACCCUGUUACGGUCAACCCUGUUACUUUAAUAGGCACUUGCUAUAGUCAUUUUUUUAUUUAACCUCUUGAGAUGAAGGUUAAGUUGAAGGUUAAAAUAAGGUGAAAUAUAUAUAUCUUUUACCAAGUUACACUUCUCAAAAGGCACCGAAAUGGUGGAAUGACCCAAAAACAGUACCCAUUGCUGCUCAUGCCAUCGAUGGCUUGUGUAUAAGGGCCCUUCUCCUGGGGACGUGCUAGUCUCUAGGGCUCAACGCUGUUUAUGUCUCUAAUCAAUGACGUGGUGAGGGGGCUUUUUGCUUUUGCUUUUGCUUGUAGUUCAAUAGAGAUGUCCAGGAUCUUGUUUGCUGUCUGUAUAUCUCUGUAUUCAGGAAUGUUCUGUACAACAACUUUACUGUUAUGGUAGGGACUUUCAUGUUCAUUAUGAUGUCAUUGGUCUUUCAAGCUUGUAUUCAGCAGUGGCUAUAAAUGAUUCCUUGUAACCUCUCAUGCAAGCCUCACAGCUUCACAGGUUCACAGCUGACAAGUUCAGUUGAGGUACUGGUCAUAGCCCAGAAGGUCUGUGGGGACAGUGGAACUGCUGCAUAACCCUGCUGCAGCUACACUAACCUACAGUGAAUUACUGUACUGCAGCCCUCUGAGAGAAAGACUCCGUCAAGAGCACGCUGUGGACCAAGAGCUGGAGAAUAACAUAUCCAAUAUACUACCGCCUACCUUGAAAGAGAGAGAGAGAGAGAGAGAGAGAGAGAGAGAGAGAGAGAGAGAGAGAGAGAGAGAGAGAGGAGAGAGAGAGAGAGAGAGAGAGAGAGAUCUCACCAGCAGCGUAAUGUUUAGUGUACUCCUCUCACACGCCCUCUAAUUCUGCAUCUUUAAUUGAGAUGGUGCGGUUGAGACAGAUGGAGUGUGAACAGCAGCCUUGUUGAUACUGCUGCUUUUAAGCUAUGGCCUGAAUCAAUAUGUUCUUGCCACAUUUCCAUAGUCUUUCCGUAACUCAGUGGACCUGCCUCAACAUGUGAGCAGAGCGAUUGAUUAGUUAUCAUAUUCAACGGGGCGGUCAUGAAGAAAAGGAGAAAGAAGUGAUUACGAUGGCUGUGCGUCUGGACGAGAAUAGAAAAUGCACGGCGUGGAACGGCGUUUCUUUCUUAAAGCAGAUAGUUCUUUACAUUUUGAUUUGUUUUGCAGCUCAUUGCCCCUCAGGUCAUGUUUUCAGCAUGCCUCUAUCACUCAAUGUUUGAUAUUUCUGUCAAUGAAUCAGCACAAAGCACCCUGUGUCAGACAUGCUCUCUGGGUCUCAGCUCAGCCAGAGUGAAUACAUAUUUAUUUUUAAGAGCUGCAGUGAAAUAGUUUGAUUUCUGAGCUUGCAGUUCACAGUUUUUGUUUUUUAUUUGUUGAAACAGAAGGUCACGAUAGCUAGGAGUUCAUAGCAUUGUUUAUGCAUGUUUACAUUUGUUACAUUUUGUUAGAUUAGAAAAUAACGUACAAGCAUUCAAAACCCAAUGUUUGUGGAAUAUGGCAAACAAUGAAUAGAAUCGACUUCUUUUAUUUUUUUAUUUUUAUUUAUUUUUUAUUUUUUUUGGGGGGGGGGGUGGAUCAGCUUAAUAUUGCAGAUAGAUUGUAUCUUCUAUCAAUGUAAUUGUCUGCAUCACUUCCAAUCCCCCAUGUUUUUAUUUUUAUUUUUAUUUUUUUAUAUAUAUAUUCCCCUUUAUUACUUUUCAACCCCACCAUCCUUUCCCCACUUGGAGUAAAUUAGUGAACAACAAUGCCCAGGCCUCUACUUCCGGUCUAUACUUACUAUCUACACCUUAUGGACAGAGUUAAUUUUACAAUAAUUCUAUUAUAUAUAUAUAUAUAUAUAUAUAUUAUUUAUUUUUUGCUCCUGAACUUCUUCUACUCUCAACCUCUCCGAUCAUUUUCAUGAUGUCCAUCCGGUUUGCUUCUAAAUGCCAUAUCUUUCUAACUGUGCUCUUUCCCAAAAGCUCCCAACAUACAACCUAUAUACUUAUUAUGGACACAGUAUGCUUACAUUAUUAGCUAUCUUUGUUAUUAUUUGUUGUUAUUUGUUAUUAGUCCCAUCCUUCAACUCUAUUCAAUACCUCCCAUCUAUCUCUUAACACCAUCCAUAUAGGAUUUCUAUUUGCCAUAUAUAUUUCAACCGUACUGUGAUGUUUUACAAAAGUUCUGAACCUUUCUAUUCUCAUUGCUUCUACAGAUUGUGAAUUAAAAAUAAACAUUUUUGCUAAAAGUAUUAUUAUAUUAUUGAUUGAUUGACUAUGACUUUUCAGAUCACCCAGUAAUGCUAUCUGCAAGGUUAGUUCCAGGUAAAUAUUGCAAUCCUUUAGCCAUUCCUGGACCUGUGUCCAAAAACAAGCUACAAAUGGACAGAACCAAAACAAAUGAUUCUGUCUCUUCACAGCAAAAUCUGCAGAGCUGGGAAGAUUGUAUCCCCCAUAUAAAUAACAUUCUAUUGGUAGCAAGAAUUGUAUAUAAUAAUUUAAAUUGAAAGAUUCUAAUUUUUGAAUCCGGUGUCGUUUUGCGUGUCAGUUCAUAAACACUAUGCCAUGGGAUCGGUACGUCAAAGAUCUCUUCCCAACUAUUUUGCAAUCUAUAUGGGACGGCUGUCAAUCCUUUGGUCCUUAAGUGAAACUGAUAUACUUUUUUAUUUAUCACAGUUUUCCUUAACCAAUUAUGUUCUUUAAUGCAAGGCCGACAGACAAGUUCCUUACUUUCUCCCCCUUCAACUUUCCUCUUCCACUUUUGCGGUAAGGCUGCAAUUAUUUGGUUGUAAUUUUGGGUAGAGCAGACAUUUCCAUAUGUUUUUGUUAGCUGCAUGUGCGACAUAACUCCACCAGUCCUACCAAUGAUAUCAUUUACGAAGAUUAUACCUUUUUUAAACAUUCUGUCAAAAAAUAAAGGUUUUUUUGUCAAUUAGUAUAUUUGAAUUUAACCACAAUAUUUGUUGCAUUAUUUGUUCUGUCGUUUCUGGAGGAUUAAAUUGAAAUUGCAACCAACUUUCUAUGGCUUGUUUUAGAAAUAGUGACAUUUGGGAGAUUAUUUCCUUUUCAAAUAACUGAAAGUGAGAGGUUGUAAUCUGAAUAAAGGGAAAAAGGCCUUUCUUGAACAGUGGGUGAGACAAUCUUACUAAUUUGCUUGAGAACCAGUUCGGAUUUAAGUAUAACUUUUGGAUGACUGAAGAUUUUAGUGAUAGGUCUAAUGCUUUAAUAUUUAAUAAUUUAUGUCCUCCGAAUUCAUAUUCAUUAUAUAAAUAUGCUCUUUUAAUUUUGUCUGGCUUGCCGUUCCAAAUAAAAUUGAAUAUUUUUCUCUCAUAUAAUUUAAAAAACUGUUUGCUAGGCGUAGGCAAGACCAUAAGCAAAUAGGUAAACUGGGAUAAUACUAAAGAGUUAAUCAGGGUAAUUUUUCCACAAAUUGACAGGUAUUUUCCUUUCCAUGGUAGUAAGAUCUUAUCUAUUUUUGCUAACUUUCUAUUAAUAUUUAUUGAAGUGAGAUCAUUUAUUUCCUUUGGGAUAUGUAUUCCGAGUAUAUCCACAUCACCAUCAGACCAUUUUAUUGGUAAACUACAUGGUAAUGUAAAAAUUGUAUUUUUUAGUGAUCCAAUACGUAAUAUAGUACAUUUGUCAUAAUUUGGUUUUAAUCCAGAGAGGUUAGAAAAUGUAUCUAGAUCCUCUAUGAGGCUGUGGAGGGAUUCUAGUUGUGGAUCUAAAAGAAAACAUGAAUCAUCUGCGUACAAUGACACCUUUGUUUUUAAGCCCUGUAUUUCUAAUCCCCUGAUAUUAUUGUUGGAUCUGAUUUUAAUAGCUAACAUCUCGAUGGCCAUAAUAAAUAUAAAUGCCGAUAGUGGACAACCUUGUUUCACUCCUCUUGACAGUUUAAAACUUUCUGAGAAAUAGCCAUUAUUUACUAUUUUACACCUAGGGUUACUAUACAUGAUUUUGACCCAUUUUAUAAGAGAUUCUCCAAAAUUGAAAUGCUCCAGGCAUUUAUAUAUAAACCCCAGUCGAACUUUAUCAAAUGCCUUUUCGAAGUCUGCUAUGAAUAGCAGGCCUGGUUUCCCAUAUUUUCCAUAGUGUUCUAUUGUUUCCAAUACUUGCCUUAUAUUAUCUCCAAUGUAUCUUCCAUGUAAAAAACCUGUCUGAUUAGAAUGAAUAAUAUCCGACAAUACCUUUUUAAUUCUAUGCGCUAUACAUUUUGCUAGGAUUUUUGCAUCACAACACUGAAGUGUAAGGGGCCUCCAAUUUUGUAAAUGGACUGGAUCUUUAUAUUUUCCACUUGUAUCCUGUUUCAGUAAUAAUGAGAUCAGACCUUCUUCUUGAGUGUCAGAUAAUCUACCAUUUACAUAGGAGUGGUUAAAACAUGCUCUUAACGGUCCUCUUAGUAUAUCAAAAAAGGUUUGGUAUACCUCGACUGGUAUGCCAUCCAACCCUGGAGUUUUCCCGGACUUAAAGUCUUUAAUUGCAUCCAGGAGUUCCUCCUCUGUAAUUUCACCUUCACAUGAGUCUUUCUGUGUGGCUGUUAAUUUGACAUUAUCAAUAGAAAAAAAAUCUCUACAAUUAGCUUCAGUUAGAGGAGAUGGAGGCGACUGAAAAGAAAACAUAUGCAGAAUCGACUUCUUUGUUAUGAGGUUGCUUUUGUUAUGUUGUAUAAAGUAAAGCACUUUUAGAUAGUUUGUGAAACUUCCACUUGACAGUGGGGAAAAUGUUGCAAAUAGAUAUAGUCUACAAUCAUCUCUGAUUAGUAUUUCAGUCAUGUGCCUUUGAAACAUUGUUGCUUGAGUUUCCUCGGUUUCUCACUGUGUCCUGACAGCCAGCUACAAGUGAGAUGGCUCUUUAGUCAUAUCUGCUUUCAUUACUUUUUGGAAAUGGCUUUUAGUGUGUCGAUAGGAUCUCACACAUGUUGUAUAAUUACAAGGCCGCAGGUAAAGAUUCCUAUUCGGAGUGAAUCAUCUCUCACUGUUGUUCUGCUCUCUUCUCCUUCCCAUGUCCUCAUUGGCCGCUGUGUCCCGCUGUGUAUUCUAUUAAAAUGCACAUUUCAUCUUUUGUGCUUUCAAUAGCAUGUCGACCCUACAGCAAAUCUGUUCUGCUUCAACUAAGAGAAUUGCUCUGUUCUGAAAUGUGCAAAUGUGCUUGUAGAGAAUUCAGUCUUCCAGACAAUUCCGUUUUUAAUUCAUGAAAUAGUUGUUAUUCAAACUACAACAUGGAUGUAGGCUAUUUAAGCAAUAAGGCCCGAGGGGGUGUGGUAUAUGGCCAAUAUACCACGGCUAAGGGCUGUUCUUAAGCACGACGCAACGCGGAGUGCUAGGACACAGCCCUUAGCCGUGGUAUAUUGGCCAUAUAUCACAAACCCCUGAGGUGCCUUAUUGCUAUUAUAAACUGGUUACCAACAUAAUUAGAGCAGUAAAAAUAAAUGUUUUGGUCAUACCCAUGGUAUACGGUCUGAUAUACCACAGCUUUCAGUCAAUCAGCAUUCAGGGCUCGAACCACCCAGUUUAUAUUUGAAAUGAAGCCAGAAGUGUUUAUGUAUUUGUAUGCUAAUUAUCAUUUAGAAUCCCUAUAUAAUCCAGUGAGUGCUAUCAAAUAAUUAUUGAUCCUGAUAACAACAGUUGUCUGUUCUUUCAUUCUUGUCAGACAGACUAUUAUGGAGGAUGGAACUCUCCGUAUCACCAACAUCAGCAAAUCAGACGGAGGGAGGUACACCUGUGUGGCCAGGAACCCCUUUGGGACAUCAAGCAGUACUGGCACUCUGGUGGUGAAAGGUACCUUUCCGGACACAGAUUUCACUACCUUUUAAGCAGAUGGUUUAAACCUGUGUUUAGAGGGGGGAAAUACUAAGCCAAGCAUGAAAUUGAUAAUGAAAUAUAUAGUUGUUUUAUGUUCCUGCUGGUUUGACAGAAACAUAACUCAUCAUCCUUGGUGUUGUCAGCUGUGAGUUAUUGGUCACACAACAGAGGGGAGAAAAUCCCUGGCAUCUAGAGUAGUGAGGAUAGAGAUGUUAUGUUCCGCCCAAGUCAGACAUUUCAUGUUAAUUUAAAAAGAGCUGCUGUUUAAAUUUGUUGAUUUGGCUGUUUUAAUAACUGAUGGUUGUACAUGGAGUAUUAAAUUGACACCAUGAUUGCAUUAGGUUGAAUUAUUCCAUCUCAAGACUAUAUCAAUAAAACAUUUUUUUUCUCCAAACAUGUUAAUUGGAUUGAGAGGAAUAAGCAUUGCAUUGAAAACAUCUUGUCUACAUGAACAGGACAUUUUGUCCAGCAGCAGGUCUAUAUUCAAAUUCAAGUCAUGUCGCACGGCUCCAGUAACACAUGAUCCUGUGUGUUUGUUUUUCUGUGUUGUCAAAAAGAGCCGACCAAGAUAACAGUUCCACCGCUGAGUGUGGAUGCCACUGUGGGAGAGAGCAUCGUGUUGCCAUGUGAAGUGUCCCGAGACUCCUCCCUGGAUCCCACCUUUAAGUGGUUCUUCAACGGCAAACUCGUUGAUUUCAACAAACAGGGCCACUUUGAGAUGAUAGGAGGGGUGUGUACCUACUACCUAUAUCAGUGUUUCCCGACCCUGGUCCUCCAGUACCCCCAACAGUACACAUUUUUGUUGUAGCCCUGGACAAGCACACCUCAUUCAACUCAUUGAGGGCUUGAUGAUUAGUUGACAAGUUGAAUCAGGUGUGCUUGUCCAGGGUUACGAUAAAAAUGUGUACUGUUGGAGGGACUGGAGGACCAGGGUCGAGAAACACCGACCUGUACUGUACACAGUCGUUUCUGCUCACAAGCUUCAUAGCUUGUACAGUAACAGUACACCUACAUGCAGUGGCGGCUCCUGAAAAAAUUCUCAGGAGGGGCAAUUUUUCUGAUGAUUUAGGUGACCUACACACAUUUAAAAAAAGAUAUGUCCAGCAACAACAUGAAGACAGGGGCAGCAUAUAAGUCAAUACCAGAAGCAUUUAUUGACUGAUCUCAAAAGUGUUGGCUUACCAGGGUUGGUGGAGCCCUCAGUUUCAUCUUUGCCUCGCAAAGCUAACUCAAACACUCCGCAAAACUUCACACACUGGAUUAGCCGGCUGAGGAUGUGGCGGUUCUUGCUAAUGUCGUAGUAAAUAUAUUUGUUAUAGUGAAUAUGGAAUAUGAUAUGUUGAGUAAAAUGUUGUGCUAAGAUCUAUUUAGGUCAGGAGCUGGUUAUAAGUUCUGUUCCUAUCCAAUAACAAUGGACAAAAGGGUCCUAUCUUGUCAGCCUUGUCAGCAGGUGGCCAAGGACAACACCCACGCCAUAGGCCUCUCAGUUCUUCCAACUCACGAGUUCUUGCUCUGAGGACACACACACACACACAAACACACACACACACACAUCAUCACUGUUAAACACACACACACACACACACAUCAUCACUGUUAAACACACACACACACACACACACACACACACAAAAAUCCCCUCUCUUAGGCUGAACAUUUGAAGACAGAGAACCCGACUCAGAGCCAAUGCAACAGUGACAGUAGCCUGCAGGGGACCUCGCCCAACUCAUCAGGACCAAUCAGAAGAUCAGAACUACUAGAUUGAACCUACUUCAUUUAUUGCAUAAAAUGUCUGCACACAAUGUUUCGGGGCUCUCUUCAGAUAAUAAUAAUAAUAAUAAUAAUAAUAAUAAUAUGCCAUUUAGCAGACGCUUUUAUCCAAAGCGACUUACAGUCAUGCGUGCAUACAUUUUUGUGUAUGGGUGGUCCCGGGGAUCGAACCCACUACCUUGGCGUUACAAGCACCAUGCUCUACCAGCUGAGCUACAGAAAGUGGAUACUCAUGGAUGCGCAUUGCAAUUGUAAAAUGUCAACACAAUUGGAGACACCACGUCAUUUUUGGAGACAUGUUAUUGACAGUAAACUAUUGUAGAUGCGACUGCUAACUAACUAAAACAUUUUAGCUGGCUAGCUAAUCAUCUUAGCUAAAUGUGGGGCAAACAAUUAAGUUAUUUACCGUUAAUUUGAGGGAUUGGGGUGAAAGAAAUCGAGUUACAUAGUGAUACUUUACGAUAUACUGUAUUGACAAUAUCGCAAUAUUUUAGCGCUAGUUGGCUGUACCUGCACCAAAACACCAUUAUUGUUCCUUCAUAGCUUGUUCUCAAUCUUUUCACAUUGGGAGCCAAUUUGUUUUCAGCACUUUUAUUUCCAUGACUGAUCAAAACUCGUUCUCAUGGCUUUCUGAUCCCUCUGCAACAGACAUAUGGUGCGCAAUAAAAUCACAGUAUCGAAUCGCAAUACGUAUAGAAUCAUGAGACUCGCAAUGCUGAUGCAUAUAUCUUAUCGUGAGGUUCCUGGCAAUUCCCAGCCCAAGUUCAUUUUUAAGAGUUUGACGAACGGGUCCGUGAACGCGAUUCCAGAUAUAUUUACCUCUGAAUAAACUGCCUUUAUUACACCAUAUCCACAUCCAGUAAACUUGUGAUUAUCAACACUAACCUCAUCGUUGUGGCGGCGGACAGCUAGCCUGUAUCCCUCGUCAUCCAGUUGAGUGAGUGGCAAUGUCUUUUUUCGUUCGUACCAAUUUUUGGAAAAUCCUCGGGUGUAGGACUUUCCGCCUUUAGUAGAAACCUGUUGAAUUAUUAAAUUUGGUCUGGGAGGUCCUAAUUGUUUCGUUGCCAAUUUAUCUUCAUUUGUUCGCCGACAAAAAGGAACUUCUUUCAAACAAUCCACUCUUUUCUCAGUUACGUUCAUGGUUACGUAACGUAUGACGAAAGCGCGUAAGUGCAAGCCCACAGACACCCAUUGAGAUUGUAUUGAAGGCUCUGAAAUUUGAAAAAAAUAGAUUUUACAUGGGAGUCUAUGACAGAAGUUCUGGGCGAUUUUCAAUCUGACUGAAAUCGCCCCAAAAGGGGGUGGAGCCAUUUGAAGCACGACUUUAGCCUGAUUCGACAUUUAGUGGCAGUGUGGCACUGUGGCAGAUCAGACGUAUAGAUUACAACACUGAUAACUACUGUUGCCGUGAUAUAAUUGAUUAGAAAAAAAAUCCCUUCCUUUUCCCGUUUGGCAGUGCGUCGCCCAUAUCGCCCUAUUGAACAGGCCGUCCCUGCCUCUGCAACAGACAUAUGGUGCGCAAUAAAAUCACAGUAUCGAAUCGCAAUACGUAUAGAAUCAUGAGACUCGCAAUGCUGAUGCAUAUAUCUUAUCGUGAGGUUCCUGGCAAUUCCCAGCCCAAGUUCAUUUUUAAGAGUUUGACGAACGGGUCCGUGAACGCGAUUCCAGAUAUAUUUACCUCUGAAUAAACUGCCUUUAUUACACCAUAUCCACAUCCAGUAAACUUGUGAUUAUCAACACUAACCUCAUCGUUGUGGCGGCGGACAGCUAGCCUGUAUCCCUCGUCAUCCAGUUGAGUGAGUGGCAAUGUCUUUUUUCGUUCGUACCAAUUUUUGGAAAAUCCUCGGGUGUAGGACUUUCCGCCUUUAGUAGAAACCUGUUGAAUUAUUAAAUUUGGUCUGGGAGGUCCUAAUUGUUUCGUUGCCAAUUUAUCUUCAUUUGUUCGCCGACAAAAAGGAACUUCUUUCAAACAAUCCACUCUUUUCUCAGUUACGUUCAUGGUUACGUAACGUAUGACGAAAGCGCGUAAGUGCAAGCCCACAGACACCCAUUGAGAUUGUAUUGAAGGCUCUGAAAUUUGAAAAAAAUAGAUUUUACAUGGGAGUCUAUGACAGAAGUUCUGGGCGAUUUUCAAUCUGACUGAAAUCGCCCCAAAAGGGGGUGGAGCCAUUUGAAGCACGACUUUAGCCUGAUUCGACAUUUAGUGGCAGUGUGGCACUGUGGCAGAUCAGACGUAUAGAUUACAACACUGAUAACUACUGUUGCCGUGAUAUAAUUGAUUAGAAAAAAAAUCCCUUCCUUUUCCCGUUUGGCAGUGCGUCGCCCAUAUCGCCCUAUUGAACAGGCCGUCCCUGCCUACAUGUCAGACAAGACUAGGGCAUUUAACAUGGAGGCCUGGCAAGGUAAAACCUGUAGCGAGAGAUGAAAACCCCAAACCUGUAGCUGAUCUUAGGAGUAAACCACAUGAUACUCCUGUGAACAAGGAGCACAAAUCUGUCUGAUUACAGGAUGUAUCCUCUGGUCUGCUGAGCACACAAAGACCCUGCACUAAAAUGGCCUGCAUAACACUGACAUUUUCACUGUGAGCAUCAUUUAGCAGAGCUAUUAAACUUCUGGAAGUCGUUUGUUUAACACAAGGAGUGUUAGAAUCAGUGUCACUCCAGUGUUCCUACCUGCUCUUUUCUCUCACUAAAGACCUAGCCUGGCCUAGGUCAAUCUGCUACUGCCCUAGCGUAUAGAGAGUUGAAACGUUAUCAUUAUGAUAAUUGGUACACAGCUGGAAAAAUAGUUAUUUAAUGACUGUAUUUGGAAUUACUAGGAUUGUUGUGAAAUUACACUGUUUUCUGUUCUAUUGUCAUCAGGAAUCAGCUGGUGAUCUGAUGGUCAGGAAUAUUCAGCUAAAGCAUUCUGGGAAGUAUGUGUGCAUGGUUCACACCGUGGUGGACAGCGUCUCAGCAGCAGCCGACCUCAUUGUCAGAGGUACGCACGCACUUCCUCACCGUGAUGCUACUUUGUAUUACUGAUAUGCUGUAGCACUCAUCUAAAGAGGAAUUCGAAAACCUACCACAUUAUCACCCUCUAUUCAUUCUCUUUACUUCAGCCAACUAUUCUGGGUGACAUUCAUUCAGUGUUAAAUAAUGAUUACAGGAUAAUCUCUAAAUCAAUACAUUAAUUUUCCACUUCUCCUUCCUUUUGGAAUAAUUUUGUAUUUCCCCUCAUCAAUUGAAGGAUCUUUAGCUCCGCUGGGUGAAAUAUUAAAUGUCUUUCUCUUUUUUGGGUAGACUUGUCUGCCUUGCAUGAAACUGCUUUAACCUUGCCAUCCUUUUUUGGCUGACACAAUAGAGCUCUUUGACAGUGGUUUUCUCCCUCUUCUGUCAGGGCCGCCCGGUGCCCCAGAGGGCCUCAUGGUGGGGGAGAUCACUGACUCCACUGUCCAGCUCUCCUGGGGGUCUGGGCCUGACAACCACAGCCCUGUCACCACGUACACCAUCCAGGCCAGGACCCCCUUCUCCAUCGGCUGGCAGGCCGUCAGGACAGGUAGCUACAACACCAGCCCAUCCAUCUGUUUAGACACCACAGCGUUUAUGAAAUUGUUUUCUACAGCACAUUAUAUUCAGAGAAUGUUUCUGUCAUAGAGAUAUAUAAUUAGGUGGUUUCUGUACUAUGAUAAUAUUGUGAGAAGAGUCAACUUUGGGGAUGAUGUGAACAGGAGUAUUGCUUUCUUUUUACUCAUUCGUUAUCUCGUGGGCUUUCUUGGAUAAGUUAUAUUGACUGAAUUAUAUCACAGGCAGUCUUUGAUAACAUGGAUGCUUUUUGAAAUGUGAUUUGUUGGUGGAUGAGAAUCAAUAUGUAUUUAAAUUCUAAAUUCUUUAAUCCUAGUUCCUGAUUCUGUGCCUGGACAGAUGUUUCAUGCAACGGUGAUAGAUUUGAACCCCUGGGUGGAUUAUGAAUUCAGGGUGGUGGCUAUCAACAAUGUGGGUGUUGGAGAGCCCAGCAUGCAAUCCAAGCAGAUUCGAACGAAAGCAGCAGGUACUUUUUAAUUCCUUUCUGUCCUCUCGUGGUGAAUCUAUCAACCCCACAGUGGAAAUGGAAUUUAACUGUCUGAUUAGUUUAACUUGUAUUGCGUGUUCUGUUCCUCCCCUGAUAGAGUUCACCAUGUAGAUCCCACAGUCACUUUUAUCGUGCCUUUCUCAUCGCUAAUUAUGUGUAAUGAAGACAUAAUCAGCUUUGUUCCAAUUUGACAGACACCGAGACAGGUGUUAAUGAUUUACCUAAUAGGCAAAGAAAGUGAGAGAUAAUUUAUUCAUAUGUUUAGAUGACACAGCCAUGUGCAUAUUGACACUAGUGAUACUUUUGCUCGUCAGAUUAGAACCACCCGAGCAGGAUGCAUCAUACCUUUUAAGCAUUUAGAUGCUGUAUACAUCAGCACUCAGGAAAACCUAACAUGAUUAAUUCAUGUCAGCCAUAUCAACAGGAACCGUGUGAAAUACCCACGCAUGCCAUAAGGCAAGGACUUAAAAGUGUCUAUUUUGAGCGGGUUAGCAGAGUGCGUCCGCCUGGCUCACUGAAUCACAAGAGAGGAGUACAUAUGGAGGUGACACACUGUAGUAACAGCAGCAGCAUGCGCAGGCGCUUGUGCCAGUAUCAACCCACAUUUAAUUUGAUAAAAACAUCAAGCCUUUGCUUUGUGAAUUUAGGAAACCGUAUUGGGAUUAGGGGCACUAUGAUAGUGAUAUCAAGGCUUCUGUAUGGUUUUGGAGUAGUAAGGAUUCAAAUAUGCCUUUGCUCCCCCCUCUGAAGGAAUACACACCCUUAUAUUGGACACUGUUGUUGUUUCUGUCCAUCCAGUUCCUGAAGUAGCACCAGGUAAUGUGAGUGGAGGAGGAGGAAGGCGAGGAGAACUGGUUAUCCAAUGGGAGGUAAGCUUGCUGAUCAUCACAGACGUAUUAGAAUAUGUCUUCAUUGUGACAGACUGUUUUCAAAUCAGUCUUCUGACAUGAAUGGGGUUUUGACAGAAUUCUCUACAGCAACGUGACUUCAAUUAAAUGGGUUUUAAUUAAAACAAGAGCUGUCUUGCCUAGCUAUUUGCCUCCUCCAAACAUCUCCCCUGGUGUGUAAAUCAAAAUGCAAGAAUUAGCGAUGGUGGAAAUUGUAUGUGCAUAAAUCUAGGAUGAUAUCUGUGGGUCUCUUAAAGUGAUUUGGCUUAUCGUGCAGAAUGGUUUAGGAAGUGUGUAUACUGUGUAUAGCUUUGGAUAUACAGGUAACUGCCAAAAUAAAGGAAGCACCUUGGCAUUAAUUCUACAAGUGUCUGGUAUGUAUUGGAGGGAUGCGACACCAUUCUUACACGAGAAAUUCCAUCAUUUGAUGUUUUGUUGAUGGCAGUCAAAAAUGCUGUCUCAGGCGCCACUCCAGAAUCUCCCAUAAGUUGUUUAAUUGGGUAAAGAGACGGUGACUGAGACACACACACACACACACACACACACACACACUCACACACACACACACUCACACACACACACACAUACUGACACACCCUUCACUGAGAUCUCUUCUUCUAGCCAUGGUAGCCAAAAUAAUGGGUAACUGGGCAUGACCCUAAGCAUGAUGGGGUGUUAUAAUUGCUUAAUUAACCCAGGAACCAGACCUGUGUGGAAGCACCUUCUUUCAAUAUACUUUGUAUGCUUCAUUAACUCAAGUGUUUCCAUUAUUUUGGCAGGUACCUGUACAUGUAUUAUCUUGUUGGUGUUGUGGUAUUUGGCUAUUCAGAAUUUGACACUUCUAGUUGAUAUAAUCAUUUGAUGUUCAGUUCACAACCAAUGGGAAGAAAUUCUACAAUUUAUGCUGUCAAAAUCUCUUUGUCUCAUAGCCGAUACCAGAGGAACUACAGAAUGGAGAGGAAUUUGGAUAUAUUGUGGCUUUUCGUCCUCUUGGUACAAACACGUGGAAACAGACUGUGCUGGCUUCACCUGAUGCAUCAAGAUACACCUUCAGGAACGACAGCAUCCCGCCCCUCUCCCAAUUUGAGGUGAAAGUUGGAGUCUACAACAACAAAGGAGAAGGCCCAUCUAGCCAUGUGGUUGUAGUGUAUUCUGCAGAGGAAGGUUAGUUAUUUUGACUAUUGGUCAAGUUGUUGAUGAAAGGGAAAGUUUGGUUUAGUUUGACUUGAAUGUUUACCAUUCUUGAUAAUGUUCUUGGUCUGAUCUUUUCAUGUUUAGAGCCCUCUGUAGCCCCGUCCAGAGUGUGGGCCCGGACGCUAUCAGCCUCUGAAAUUGAGGUGUACUGGGAACCCAUCCCCCAGACAGCCAGCAGUGGAAAGAUCCUUGGAUAUGAGGUAUGAAAAAUAUCCCAGCAUUCAUGAUACUGGUAGAGAGCAGAAAACAGCAUGAUAGAUAUUAUCCUCAAUAUGAUUGACUCUGCAAUGGGUCGGCAUGCAUUUAAAUAGAACUGCCAGUGGCAAAAACUAGGAAUUUCCCCUACACUGAAAAAUUGCUUGGGAUACAGGUACAUUUCUCACCAUCUAAUCUGGAGAAUGAAGAGGUCUGUCCACAGCUGUUACGGUCUCCCAAGGACCCUUAUAUCCUGGCUGCUACCCUGCCUGUGUAGUGUUCUAUGAAUCACGCCUCACAAGUGUGAACAUCAUAUGUCAAUUUACUCCACAACAAACAUCGUCCCUCAUGACAGAACACCUAGAGGAUCUUACCCAUUCUUCCCUUAGUAUAGCCCAGGACUGGCUGGCUAUAGGGAAGGCCCUGGUUACUUGACCUCCAUUGUUCACUCACAGCCCCUGUUCAUCAGGUCCAGAAAUAAAUCAACAAACAACAGUGCUGGAAGUGUUUCUAAUGAUGCCGGGAGGUCUGGAAUAACCUUAAUGUCUUUGGUUCCAGGUCCUUUGUUGGGAGGAGGGGGUGCAGGAGAGCGAUGCUGAGAUGGUGAAGGUCACGGACACUGUGGCCCUUCUCUCUGGACUCAUGGGAAGUACGUUGUAUCUGAUCUCAGUCAGGGCCCAGAACAGCGCUGGAGCCGGGCCUUCUAGCCCCGCAGUCAAAGUCACCACCAAGAAACCACGUGAGUUUUUCUCUGAGAUGGGAUAGCUGUCACAUGCAAUUUGAGCAUUUCUCUCUUUACAAGUCUGCUUUCACGUUCAUGAAGCCUGCAUAUCCCGCAGAGUUUUACAUUAAUCGAAUUGUGGUAAAAUGCAGCAGGAUACAAUACAACUUCAAUGACUUUAGAGCCUCUGUGAAUACUCGACAUCAACAGCACUGCUGAGACGAAACACAGUCAUCUGGGUAUAUUCUUGACUGCAUGUUGACUGCAAGACUAACAGAUGGAAUUGGAUUAUGUUAUACCUACAAGGUGAAUUAGCAGGGCCCUCUUUAAAAAAAAUUACGAAAAUCUGUGACAAGAUGCUGUUUGUCUUGACGACUCAAGGAGAGGAGGCGUGCUUAUGAGCUUAUCAGAGUUGGAGGCAAUUAUUCAACCAUUAACUCUAUCUCAAAGCAAUCUGCUUUCUUGUUCCAUUCUAGUCGAGAUUUCCUUAAUUCAGAAGCGAUAAGGGGAUGAUUAAAGUGAGAAAGUAAUUUAGGAGUUAUUUCAGCUAUUGAUGGAAUUUUACGUGACUAACUCGUGUGGCUAUAUGAUUGCAUAUCUUUCAGCACCAAGUCAACCUCCAGGGAAUAUUGAGUGGAACUUGACUAACUCCAAGAUCUUUUUAAAGUGGGAGCAUGUCAAGGCAAUGGGAAAUGAGUCUGAGGUGACAGGAUACAAGGUGAGUGUUGUCAAUGGAAUAGCAGAAUCUUUGAAAACUAGGAAACAAAUGCAGUUUCUUGGCUAACCUCAGCCUCUAUGUUCUCUAUAAAUGACUCCGUGGUCGCUGUGGAAAUAUAAACCUCAGCACUUUCAGUGUCACAUACGGAUUGUCUCUGUCUGGCCGUACAAAAUUAAAAGGUCUGUUCCCAGUGAUAUGACCCAAAACAAACCUAUUUCUCCAUUGUGCUGGUUUUGCACUGAGUAGGUUGAUUGAUCAUCUGCAACAUUUCGAUAUGUGAACACGCAAAAUGUGACCUUGUUGAUGGUUGUUGAUACAUUCAGUCAAGAUUCCUGCCUCUCGAUCUCUCUGAAUGCGCAGUAGUAAAAAUACCUGCUGUAUUUGAACCUGCGUAACGGGAAGUGUUUCAUGUCAUCCUGGGUAUCUGAACUCUUGGAGCAUUCAGCAGAGGAUUAUGAUUCAGAAAAGGUCCUGCUUUCUUUUAAAGUAUACAUUUUCUGACGUGGCUCAGAGAUAUGAGAGAGAAGGUGAGGAAGCAGCUGGGAGCCUUUGAAGCUCCACAUUCAGACAUCAGCCUCCACUGAGCGCCACAUGGGGGCCACACCAGCCUCCACUGAGUGCCACAGGGGGCCAUACCAGCCUCCACUGAGCCCCACAGGGCUCCACCAGCCUCCACUGAGGCCCACAGGGGUCCACCAGCCUCCACUGAGCGCCACAGGGAGACACCAGCCUCCACUGAGUGCCACAGGGGGCCAUACCAGCCUCCACAGAGCACCACAGGGAGACACCAGCCUCCACUGAGGCCCACAGGGGUCCACCAGCCUCCACUGAGCGCCACAGGGCUCCACCAGCCUCCCCUGAGCGCUACAGGGCUCCACCAGCCUCCACUGAGGCCCACAGGGGUCCACCAGCCUCCACUGAGGCCCACAGGGGUCCACCAGCCUCCACUGAGCGCCACAGGGAGACACCAGCCUCUACUGAGCGCUACAUGGGUCCACCAGCCUCUACUGAGCGCUACAUGGGUCCACCAGCCUCCACUGAGGCCCACAGGGGGACACCAGCCUCUACUGAGCGCUACAGGGAGACACCAGGCUCCACUGUGCCCCACAGGGCCACACCAGCCUCCACUGAGUGCCACAGGGGGCCAUACCAGCCUCCACUGAGCCCCACAGGGCUCCACCAGCCUCCACUGAGGCCCACAGGGGUCCACCAGCCUCCACUGAGCGCCACAGGGAGACACCAGCCUCCACUGAGUGCCACAGGGGGCCAUACCAGCCUCCACAGAACACCACAGGGAGACACCAGCCACUGAGGCCCACAGGGGUCCACCAGCCUCCACUGAGCGCCACAUGGCUCCACCAGCCUCCCCUGAGCGCUACAGGGCUCCACCAGCCUCCACUGAGGCCCACAGGGGUCCACCAGCCUCCACUGAGGCCCACAAGGAUCCACCAGCCUCCACUGAGCGCCACAGGGAGACACCAGCCUCUACUGAGCGCUACAGGGAGACACCAGCCUCUACUGAGCGCUACAGGGAGCCACCAGACUCUACUGAGCACUACAGGGAGACACCAGCCUCCACUGAGCCCCACAGGGCUCCACCAGCCUCCACUGAGUGCCACAGGGGGCCACACUAACACCUCAUUCUAUAAUUUGCAAUUCAUGGCAUCCUCUGGAAAGAGCCUGCAGAAAAUAUACAAUACAUUUCUUAAGACUAUUUGGCUGCACAAGAAAAUACUCUUUCUUUUUCUGAAGAGUUUUGCUUUCUCUGAGAAGCAGCUUCUCUUUCUUCAAAGAAACAGUACAGUGGCAUUAUCCAUAAAUCUGUAAUUUCUUGUUAAGGUCAAACUACUUUUGUUGACAUCAGAUACUCGCCAUGAUAUUCCCUCUCCCGUAUCAAGGUGGUGUACCGUCAGAACUGGCUUGGGAAGACCAGCAUGGUGGAGACCAAUAGGACCAGCGUGGAGCUGCAGGUCCCCUCUGGUGAGGACUACCUCAUUGAGAUCAAAGCCUUGAGUGGUGGAGGGGAUGGCAGCAGCAGUGGCCCCAUCAGGAUCCCAAAGAUGUCCAGUAAGAGAUUAAAUUUUUUGUCUUUCACCAUUCAUAGGAUGAACUUUUGGGUUUCCAAAGUGCCUUCAACAAAUGUCUGUCUCAUAACUACGAGUCACCCAGGUAUGCUUGUUAAUGUGUCUUUGUCUUUUUCAGGUCUUAACUCAAACGGCCAUUUCAACUCAGCUCCAAGGAACAUAUGUGUAGUUAUGUUUUUUAUACUUUCAAGGUUAACUUUA